GUCAGAUCCGAGCCGUUCAGGUCACAUGACGCGAUAAGCUCUGCAGCGUGAGCUCAGCUUUCUGCUGCUAGAUAGCUACAAACAUUCUGAUGCUAGCUAGCGCAUCAUUCUGUAACUUUAAUAAUCCCCGAGUUGCAUGCCUAGCUUUACUUUACACCAGAGUAUUUUAAAGAAGACUACUGUUAGAGCUAUAUAACACGAGACCGCGCUUUUAGGCACAAUUUGGUCAUUUUCUCUGUGCUAGCUAGCUAGGGUUAGCGCGUCAGCUAACGUUAACAUCAACAUGAAUAUUGAUAACGUUAAUCAGUCUGUCACAACUGGCGUUUCAUCCACGACGUCUUCAACUUCAAGUAACUGUAUCGCAAAUGACAAUGCAGCAACCAGCGUCAGCAGCAUCCCCUCGGUCACGACCAAUGCUUCAGCGUCAGCAGCCACAGUGACACCAUCAGCAGACUCGUCUGUCUCUAACGGCGUCUAUGUUCCUGGUGGCAUCACCAAUGGGGAUGUAAAGCCUGCCCUCAACACCACACCCCUGGCAGAUUUCCUCAUGCAGCUGGAAGAGUACACUCCCACAAUUCCUGAUGCAGUUACAGGUUACUACCUCAACCGGGCUGGCUUUGAGGCCUCUGAUCCAAGAAUAAUCCGUCUGAUCUCCCUCGCUUCUCAGAAGUUUAUCUCAGACAUUGCUAAUGAUGCUCUGCAGUACUGUAAAAUGAAGGGCACAGCCUCAGGAAGCUCAAGGAGUAAGACAAAGGAUAAGAAGUACACUCUGACUAUGGAAGACCUGACUCCCGCCCUUUCAGAAUAUGGCAUCAAUGUCAAGAAACCAUAUUACUUUACAUAGAACUGUCUUUAUUUAAGGCUGUUUGCUAGUUUUAUCUCCCUGUUGACCAUCAAGAGUCUGUCAACACAUUUAUUGCUUAAUGUUUUUUUUUUAAUUAUUAUUUUAUCACGGUGCUCUAGUACAGCUUUGACAAUUCUUUGUAGUCACUCUGCCAUUUAUUUUUUGUGGAGCCACCUUUGCAUUAUGUUAAUUGUAUAAUUAUGUUUUAUUGUGAAAAUAAAACCCUUACCAAAA